AAAGUUUGUCCUAUAAAGGAGAAUGAAACGCAGUUAUGAAGUUUUUGUUAUGCAAGAAUUAUUGUUCGCUGGUACAAAAAUAAAUAAUAUGUCAUGGUAAACAAUUGAUUGGGAAACAAAAACAAUGGACGUUUUGUUUUGAAGCUGAAUAUCGGAAUUAGAAAUUGUAAUUCAAAAACAAAUACAAAAGGGAAUCUUUCCAAAAUGAGGGAAUCUGGUAUUUAUUUUACAAUACUAUUUACAGCAUGUUUAUGCUUUCAAAUAAAUGCGAAAGACGAUGGUUCAAUUUCAGAAAACCCAUGUGUUUUAUCAAAAUGUGAUGCAAGGUCCAAAUGUAUUCUUAUAGAUAACGAAGAUGGAUAUAUCUGCAGCUGUCCAACUGGAUGGCAAGGCAAAUUCUGUGAUGUAGCAGACAAUCAAAUAAACCAAGAUGAUAUUUAUGCGUUUCAUACAAAACUUUAUACCAUAUGUGGAGUAUUGGGUAGCACAAUAGUGAUUCUAGCCGUCAUACUUAUUUAUAAUAUAAUUUAUAUUUGCAAACCCAGUCCGAAACGACAAAAGUACCUGAAAGAGCAGAAGAAAAACAGAAAAUCACAAAAUGACCUAAAAGAACAAAAGAUUAACAGUGUAUCAGUGAUGAUUGAUGAAAUGUAUGGUUAUCAACAUGAAAAACAAACAAGUAGCUCGUAGACAACUGUACGUGCAUGAUAUGGUAGGAGAUGAUCAUAAAACGUAGCUGAUUACCCUAAUUAAAAGUUAGUUUCUAUUCAAAAAAUAUAAAAAAAUAUAUACACACGAGCUAUAAGACACAAUAAAAACCAUCAUUUUUAACCAUGGUUCAAGAACUCAUUGAACUUCACUUUGCUGAAGACUGUUAUAGUCAUGAUUAUGAGAGGGAAAAGACAUGCCCGACAACGAAACCUUAACAAAUGCUGUCCAACAAAACUAACUUUACCUGUGUAAUUCAAAAAGCAAUAUUCUAUUAUGUGUACAUUCGUCUUUAUUUUCACUUACAGUUUCAAUACUGCUAUCAUAUCAUACAUUCUAAAGGCAAUUUCUUUGUCAGUGAUUUUAUCACUUAAAUUCAUUGAUGCAUGUAACCAAACAUUUCUUUCGUAGUAUAAAUUGUAUAAACGUAUAAUAACACAAAUACACUAAAACUAGAA